CUCCGGACCGUGCGGCGGCGCUAACGUGCCGUCUUGCCUGGCUCCUGCUGCUGUUCUGCGGAUGCUAAGUGAGAUCUCCUCAUGAGGUGAUGCUGCAUGUGUUACGCUGUCCUCUGCAGAGGACUCUCAUCUCUCCACAAUGGAUCCGCUCCUUCUGCUCAGCCAAGCCUCACUCACUCCAGGGCGAGGACUCCACAGAGACCCGCCUGAACCCCCUUAACAUCCAGAUGCUGUCGCGAAAUCUCCACGAGCAGAUCUUUCGAGGCCAGGAGCCAGAGUACAGAGAGGAAGACGUGGAGCGCAGCAUGAGGCACCUUCAGAAACACGAGCUGUGGGGGAAGGAGACCUCACUUUUGCCCGAUGUUGAGCUAAAACUUCCCAAGAUGUAUGGAAAAAACAUUGACGAACACUUUCGCAUCUUGGCCCAGAAGCAGAGCCUUCCUUACCUCGAGGCUGCCACCAAGCUGCAACGUGCCGAGCUGCCGCGCAUGCCUCAGGAAUGGAGCUGGGAAGUUGGCUGGACACGCUAUGGGCCUGACGGAGAGACUCAGAAAGUUGAUUUCCCAGAGGAGUCGGCACUGGUCUUUGAUGUGGAGGUUUGCAUGACAGAGGGACAGUGUCCCACAAUGGCGGUUGCUGUGUCUCCCACUAAUUGGUACUCCUGGUGCAGCAAGCGUCUGAUUGAAGAGAGAUACUCCUGGUCAAGCCAGCUCACCCUUGCUGACCUCAUCCCACUAGAGACGCCGUUCAACUCUGCCCGUCCUUCAGGUGGUCAGUGGAAGGAGAGGCUCAUAGUCGGCCAUAAUGUCAGUUUUGAUCGAUCUUACAUCAAGGAGCAGUAUCUACUAAAGGGUUCAAAGGUACGCUUUAUGGACACCAUGAGCCUCCAUAUGGCCAUCUCAGGGUUGACAGGGUUCCAGCGUACACUGUGGAUGGCCAAUAAGCAUGGUAAAAAGAGGGGUCUUCAGGAGGUCAAGGAACAUAUUAAGAAAACUGGACAGAAAAAAGAGGGCCUGAUGAUCAGCUCCUGGGACUGGGUGAACAUUAGCAGCAUUAACAAUCUGGCCGAUGUCCACGCUCUGUAUGUGGGAGGACCACCGCUGCAGAAGGAAGCCAGGGAGACCUUUGUGAAAGGGAGCAUGGUGGACAUCAGGAACAACUUCCAGGAGUUGAUGCAGUACUGCGCCCUGGACGUUCUCGCCACACAUGAGGUCUUCAUAGAACAGCUACCCCUUUUCAUGGAGAGGUGCCCUCAUCCGGUGACGCUUGCAGGGAUGCUGGAGAUGGGCGUGAGCUACCUUCCUGUCAAUCAGAACUGGGGGAGAUACCUGGAAGAUUCUCAGGAUGUUUACGAGGAGCUCCAGAGAGAGAUGAAGAAGUCUCUCAUGACUCUAGCGGACGAUGCUUGCCAGCUCCUGCAGGACGACAGAUACAAGGAAGACCCCUGGCUCUGGGAUCUUGAGUGGGAUGUGCAGGAGUUCAAGCAGAAGAAAGUGGCAGCCAGUAAGAAGGGCUCUAAAAAUGCAGCUGAAACAAAAGUUGCUACUCCUCUUCCAGAAUGGGAAGAAGAUCCUGGUCCACCGUCUGAAGAGGAGAUGUCAGGCCCUUGUCCCAGCCGGGUGGUUGUCGAGAAUCUGAAAGAAACUGUGUCCAGACUUCCUAAGAGAAGGCAACAUCUGCCCGGACAUCCAGGGUGGUAUCGUAAGCUGUGUGAGAAGAUGUCUGAGGAGGACAGCUGGUCUCCUGGGGCCAACCUCAUCAGUCUACAGAUGAGACUGACACCUAAGCUGAUGGGCCUGACGUGGGAUGGAUUCCCUCUGCAUUACACGGAGAAACAUGGGUGGGGCUAUCUGGUACCUGGGCGCAGGGAUAAUCUAAAUUCUCAGGAGGAAGACACAGGACCCUUCUGUCCACACAGAGCUAUUGAGAGAAUUUACAAAGAAUAUUGUGAGCAGAACCGCAAGAAGCAGCCUGAAUAUCUGGACCCCAACCCAUCAGACGACCUCGAGUGGACGGACAGCACAGUGUGGGCGAAGGUAGAGGAGUUAAGUUCCCUGGAAAGUCUGACUGAGGAGAACGGAUUCAGAGUGAUGAAAAAGAAGGGGAAGCAGUCCCAAAGUCCACAUCCAGCCCCAGAGGAGGGCCACUGCCAGUAUCACCAUGGUAACGGCCCCUACAACGACGUAGACAUCCCAGGCUGCUGGUUUUUCAAAUUACCUCAUAAGGAUGGUAAUCACAACAAUGUAGGCAGCCCUUUCUCAAAGGACUUCCUGUCCAAGAUGGAGGACGGCACUCUAAGAGCAGGAAGGGGCGGAACCAACGCAACACGAGCUCUGGAGAUCAAUAAAAUGAUGUCCUUCUGGAGGAACGCCCAUAAACGUAUAAGCUCUCAGAUGGUGGUGUUGCUCAGAAAGGGAGAGCUUCCUCGUAACGUCAGCAGACACAAAGAAUUUGACGAAGAGGGCCAGUACGGCGCCAUCUUACCUCAGGUCGUCACUGCUGGAACAGUAACGCGUAGGGCUGUGGAGCCGACAUGGCUGACUGCCAGUAACGCACGGAGGGAUCGGAUAGGCAGCGAGCUAAAGGCCAUGGUGCAGGUACCGCCCGGAUAUCACCUGGUUGGAGCAGACGUGGACUCACAAGAGUUAUGGAUUGCCGCCGUGCUGGGAGAGGCUCACUUUGCUGGCAUGCAUGGUUGUACGGCGUUCGGCUGGAUGACCCUUCAGGGAAAGAAGAGCCAGGGCACCGACCUGCACAGCCGCACUGCUGAUGCGGUGGGGAUCAGUCGAGAACAUGCUAAGGUGUUCAAUUACGGACGCAUAUAUGGGGCAGGACAACCGUUUGCAGAGAGGUUGCUGAUGCAGUUCAACCACCGCCUUGGCCAGACGGAAGCUGCCAGUAAGGCCAAGCAGAUGUACGCUUUAACAAAGGGUAUACGCAGAUAUCUUCUGACAGAGGAAGGUGAGUGGCUGGUCGGUGAACUCGGUAUUGAUGUGGAGAGGGGAGAAGAUGGAAGCAUCUGCCUGCAAGAACUGCGAAGGAUCUCUAGAUUGGCCUCGCAAUGCGCUCGGCGGAAGAGGUGGGAAAUCGUCGGCGACCGUCUGUGGGCUGGAGGCACAGAGUCGGACAUGUUCAACAAGCUGGAGAAAAUUGCUCAUUCAGCCCAGCCUGCCACCCCUGUUCUAGGCUGCAGGAUUAGUAGAGCUCUGGAGCCUAAGGCGGUUAAAGAUGAGUUCAUCACCAGCAGAGUGAACUGGGUGGUCCAGAGCUCAGCAGUAGACUACCUACAUCUGAUGCUGGUGGCCAUGAAGUGGCUCUUCGAGGAGCACAACAUCGACGGCCGUUUCUGCAUCAGCAUCCACGAUGAGGUGCGGUACCUCGUCCGAAGCGAAGACCGUUACAGAGCGGCACUGGCGCUUCAAAUCACAAACCUGCUCACAAGGAGCGUGUUCGCCCAUGCGUUGGGAAUGGAGGACCUUCCCCAGUCGGUAGCUUUCUUCAGCGCAGUUGACAUCGACCUGUGUCUGAGGAAGGAGGUCAACAUGGACUGCGUGACUCCCUCCAACCCCACGGGGCUCGAACGAAGAUACGGACUAGCACACGGUGAGGCCCUGGACAUCUACCAAAUCAUCAACAUCACCAAAGGCUCUCUGAACAAAGGAAAAUAGCGCUUUGUAGGCCAGGCUGCUUAAACACACCACUGCCAGGACACUUCUCGUCCAUCUAACACCCUGUCAGAGUUUAAGACAUGAGGAAUUUGAAGAAGCAGCGGAGGUGCCCCAUGUCAGCUCACUGUUUUCUCUUCUUCUGU